GUUCCUAUGCUAUGCCACCUCUGUAUGUGAAAAGGAACGUCAGACUUGAGCGCUUCUUAGCGUGCAGAGGCAAACGGCUGCCAUGCCAGAGGCUGGGGUGUGCUAGCCCGUGGCUGCAGGGCUGCCUGUGUAAUUAGCCACUGUGCUGGAGGCGAGGACAUAGCAUCAGCCGUGACCCUGCUCACACCCGUGCAGGACGAUAAAGAAAGUAGAAGUAGCCAGCAGCUGUGGUCCAACUAGAUAAAACUUUAAGGCGGGAGGUCAAGUGACAAGUGAACUCAUCUAUGUGUGUGUUUUUUAACUGUUAGUUACUUUUGACAUUUUAAAAAAGGCUUCUUGUAGAAGUCAGACCAAAAGCAGGAAGAUACUGCAGCAAGAUGGAUUUGGGAAAGGACCAAUCUCUCUCAAAGCUCCAUCAGACACCUGAUCCUCGUCAAGAAGAGACCCAGGUUCCAGAAGUCAUUGGAACUUGGAGCUUGCGAAACAGAGAGCAACUCAGAAAAAGAAAAGCUGAAGCACAAGAAAAGCAAACGUCACAAUGGCAAAUUCGAGAGAAAAAACACAAGUGGCAACGAACAGGGAAAAGAAGUGAAAGAGGCAGAAAGAGACAACAAAACACAGAAAUGAAGGUGGAGCUUCCGUCACAAUUAGAAAAGGAAGUGAUGGAGAAAGCGCCAACACCUGGAGAGACAGAAAUCGAGCCACCUGGGCAUGUGACCGAAGCUCUCCCUCCUGCAGUGUCCCCACAAAGAGUUGCGCCCGAGAAACAUGUUUCUGAAGUAGGUCAAGAAAGUGUUACCCUUCAGGAAAAUUCUUCUGAGUACCAAGCAACAGCGGUACAAAACCACUCUUCUGAAAUAUGCCAAGAUAUGGCUGAAUCUGAAGACCUCUCUCCUAAAAUGUGCCAAGAAAUAGCUAUAUUUCAAGACCAGCCUUUCAAAAUGUUCCGUGAUGUGGCUCAGCCUGAAGACGUCUCUCCUGAAACAUGCCAAGAAGCCAUUGCAGCCAAAGUCCUUUCUUCUAAAACAUCUGAAGAUACAGCUGACCUUGAGGGAUGCUCUCUUGAAACAUACCAGAAAAGACCUGAGCCCGAGGAACCUGAUUCUGAACCAGGUCAAGGAAUAGUUGAGACUGAAAGUUUUGUUUCUAACACACAGCAAGAAAUGGCUGAGCCCAAAGAGCUUUCUACAGAAAUACACCAGGAAACUGUUGAACCUGAACACUUUUCUCGUAAAAUAAAUGAAGAAAUUGCUGGGUCUAAAGCCCCCUCUCAUAAAACAGCCCAAGAAACAUCUGUUCCUGAAAAAUAUCCCCCAGCAAUGUACCAAGAAACACCUGGGUCUGAAGAAUAUUCACUUGAAAUAUACCAAGAAACCCCAGGACCUGAAGAUGGUGCACCUGAAAUAUACCAAGAAACAGCUGGACCUGAAGACCUCUCUACUAAGACAUAUAAAGACAAAGAUGUUCCUAAAGAAUGCUUUUCCAAACUGUACCAGGCAAUAGGUGGACCCCAAGACCAGGAUCCUAAAGCACAGCAGGAAGAUGCUAAGGAUGUUUAUACUUUUCCUCAAGAAAUGAAGGAAAAUCCCAAAGCAGAAGAACCAGAGAUAAUAGAAAUUCCAAAUGUGCUUCAAGAGAGUAACCCAGAAAAUGACAUCUAUAGUUAUGUUUUGUUUUAACAAUGUUCAACCAUCAUAGUCAUCCAACAAAAUACACAUCUUAGUACAUCAUAUGUGUGAUUUUCUCAAAAUAUGGUAGAAAUCUCUAUAAUAUUCAUUAAUUUUUAACAAUAUCCCCCCACCUAUAGAUAUAUAGUCUAUAGACAUAUAGACUAUAUCUGAAAGAGAGUUAAUGUUUUUUCUCAGGCUCUACCACAUGGACAAUAUUCUGCUAGUGUGUAUGUGUGUGCACGUGUGUGUGCACAUAUGUGUAUGUAUGUGUAAUCUGGGGAGAGGAUAGGGGUGGGAACAGACUUAAUAGCUUUACUCCCCUUAAGAAUUAAUCAAAGAAAUGUUUGCUCUUGCUCAACCCCUCCUUUUUUCCAUUUUUAAAGCUGAACAAUUAAAAUUUGGGGAAGUAUAUAGUUUUCUUGUAAACUUUGAUCAAUUAUUAAUGUAACAAUAGUAUCAAAAUUGUAUGCAGGCUUCAGUUGGCUUUUAGUAAUUUAAUAAUUUUAACAAUUCUUAUCAUUCUAGGACUUCUUUAAAGAUAUUUUCGAGUGAUGUUUGCACUUGCAUAUUUGAAUUUUGGUUUUCUAUUUUUACUUUUAAAAUAUUGUA